UGUCUUAUACGUUGCCUCGUGUGUAACACGAUAGAGCAAAAAAACGUGCCGCGUGAUGUUUAGUAGAUCAUAACCAAAUACUUAUGUCAAUUUAGUACAGAUAAGUAGAAACUUAUUACUGUGUAAGAUAUCAAAGCCAACGCCGUUGAAAUAUUUGUGAUUUGUUUUCAUUCAAAAAUUAGUAUUGACGAUAACAAGUUUGUGCAUUAUCAACCGAAACUUACACUCAUAAUUUCAUGACAAAUAUAUUUUUAAAAAUAAAAAUAAAAUGAAGAAGCCAAUAGAAGCUAUAAUAGACAGUGUUAUAAUCGAACCAAAUAAAAUUCAACCCAUUAUUGUUCAUUUUCAAAAUGGUCAACUUAAAGAUGAAGAAACAAAUAAAAUGAAAUGUCAAUUGUACAAUGAUGAGGAUAAACAGAAAGUAGUUCUGGCAAUGACUAAUGGUCAAGUGGCUUAUAAAGGUCAUAGACCAGAUUUUAAAAAAGAACUAACUUAUACAAUGUUGGCAAUUCAUAAUAAAAAAACUGGAAAAGUUAGAUUAGUUCAAGCAGAACACUGGGAUGUAGCUCCUGUGUUAGACCAACUUACUAACAAUAACGAUGAUCAAAAUGUAGAUAAAAAUGCUGAGUUAAACAAAAAAUUUGGAUCUAAAAAAGUAAAAAGGCGAACAGAGCAGCAUGAAAAGAUGAAAGUCAAUGUUGAAGAUAUUAAAGAACAAUUGGAAAAAACUGUUCAAGAUAUUCAAAUUGACAAAGAAGAUUUAGAAAAUAAUGCCAAAGAUGAUUUGAUUGAUGGACAAAUUUUGCCACCUUGUAAUACAGAUGCCAAGCACGAGUCUGAAAUUUAUAAUAUUUAUGAUAUUGUUCCAAAGAAAAUUUUGAAAACUUUAUACAUUGCUUCAGUUGACAUUUCUGAAAGUGAUAUUGUAGACAAGCCAACAUUUUUCAUGAAAACUGUUGAAUAUGUUAAAACAGAUCCUAAAUCAGCAUUUAAAAUUGCAAUGUUGCUGUAUAUUGAAGCAAUAGCUAAUUGGUUAAAUAAACCUGUAAAAUCAGCAAAAUCUAAGGAUUUUAAUGUAUGUGAACAUUCUGCUGAUGUAAACUCUUAUGUUUUACAAAAUUACAGUAUUAAUAAUGGAAGACUCAAGCCCCUAACUAUGAGACACAAAGGGUUGAUACAUUGUAUAAUAUUAGGACUAAUAAUAUGGGAUUACAAAUUAGACAUAGAACAGUUUAAUACAAUGUUUACGUUACGAUUGGGUACUAAAAAACUAAUUGAAUUAGCUAGAUGUAUUCGUGCUGUGCCUGUCAAAGAUGAUAAAAAAAGUGUGGUUCUAAAAAUACCAGUACCUGAACCUGUUUCUAAAGUUAUUUCAAGAAAAAAGAAAUAAAAAUUAAUUAAAUUAA